AUGAAGUUGCCUUAUACUGAAUUAGGCCAUCAACCCACCGUGGACAGUCUUGUCCACUCAGACUGGCAGCGGCUGUCCAAGAUCUCAGCUUCCAAACAAUUUGCAGACGAGGUCUUAAAAGGUCACAACGACUACCGAAAGAAGCACGGCGUGCCUCCUCUAAAACUGUGCAAAAAGUUAAACAGGGAAGCACAGCAGUAA